AGGGAGCUGACCUGAAAGCAGGCAGAGAGCGAGAUAAAGCGGCGGAGGAAGGGAUGAUUAUCUGUCCGCUGCUCGGUGCUGCAGGUACGGUUACAGCCGGAUAACAGCCCUCAUAGCGCCGCACCGGACUGCGGUGACUCCACCCCGGACUUCCUCCCGUUUUUCUUCACGAACAAACGUGUAAAAAUGUCCGGCGGGGGAGACACCCGCGUUCUCCUCCAAGAAGCCGGCCAAGAGAGUCCGAGGAUGCCGGCCUGGAAGCGAGAAAUCCUGGAGAGGAGGAAGGCUAAGGGCGGCGUUUCUGCCCCGGAGGCGAGCCCCGGCGGCGCUCACGUGAACGGAGAGCUGACGGGAAACGUGAACGGCAGCGGCGGUGGUCCGAGGAGAGACGGCGAGCCGAGCGGUGUGACCGGGCGGAACUACACCAUCACCACGGCCAGCCAACAUUUCGCCCACAACAAAGAGCCCCGAGCGGCGGCGGCGGCUGAGAGGAUGGCACCGAGAGAGAGUCUGGUGCUGCAGGAGAGUCUGGGGCCGCUGGAGGAGAACCCGUUCAUCAAGCUGGAGAAGGAGCGCAGGAAGCGGCAGGACCGGGAGAACACCGCCCGUCCGGUCCAGCACAUCCUGGAGCUGUACGGGAGCGUCCCUGGGAUCAGAACCAUCCGGGCCGAGAACAUCAUCAUCAUCGAGUCGGAUCCGGAUUACUUCCAGGAGGCCGGAGACGGUAAAAGCUGGCAGCCGAACGGCGUGGACAGUUACAGCUCUCUGAACGACCUGCUGGAGCGGAAAGGCAGCGCGGUGACGGAGAUCAGAGCCAAGGAGGUGGUCAUCUACGACAACACGCUGAGCCGGAGCGAGGAGAACCUCAGCACCCUGGGCCGCCCGGAUCAGGUCUCCGAUGAUGCCGCAGAGGGCCAGGGGAGGGUCAGCCGGAUCCUGCAGAAGUUCGACUGCAACUAUGGGAAGCUGCAGAAGAAGUCCCGCAGCACAGAGAACCUGCUGGACCUGGAUUGUAGUGCCAGUGCCAGGCCAAGACGUUGGUCCAAGCCACAGCCAGAUCUGGUGCCAAAUCCCAGAAGUCCAACCUUCAGCAGCCAGCCAACGUCGCCUGUCUUCCAGGCUCCUUGGACUCCCAAACCAAAGCCACAGCUGCAGCAGCAUCCAGGGUCCCCCCAGCCUGUGUCCUCCUUCCGGCAGAGGUUUGAAGUGCCCCCUGUUCAGGCUGUGGUCCCCAGAGAUGAACCAGACAGAGGGCAGAGCAAGAUCACCAGGGAGCGAGACUGGGAGGGCGCCGAGGUGCCCCCCAGACCUAAGGUGCCAUGUUCUCCCGAGACCCGCCGUACCCGUGCCGAGUCCUCCUCACUGCCCAUCUCCUCGAAAGUUAUACGUUCCUCCUCUGAGUUCGAGAUCCGUCCCUCCCCUAAGCCGGACAUUGACCGGAUCCCAGAUGGGGACACCCAGGCUAGGGCCCUCGCAAACCUGCGUCUGCAGUCCAAAAACUCCUUCACGGUGGUCCCAAAGCGUCACCUCGAAACCUCGACUGGCAGCCCUGGACCCCAAAGUCCAGUCAAGUCGUCACCCUCACACAGAGCAGCUGAAGCGCCCUCACCGGGAGUGCCAACCCCUCGCUCCCCAACACUCCCUGCCCCUCGCUCCCCAACAAUCCCAGCCCCCCGCUCCCCAACACUCCCAGCCCCCCGCUCCCCAACACUCCCAGCGCUCACAAAGAAGAAAGAGGAGAAAGUUCAGGAGAAGAAAGAACCUCAAGCGCCUCCUGUUCCUCCUCCAGCCAGCGAACCUGUAGCUCCUUCCUCUCCACCUGUCCCGACCUCACCCUCUCCUUCCCCAGCCUCUCCACCCUCAGAGCAUCCCACCGUGGACAAACUGCCAGUCACAAAUAUUGACGACAUCGAGGUGGAGCCCGCGCAGCGUGGCCCCGUCCCCAGCCCCAUGGUACAGAGGAAAAAGGGCAACACCUUCACCGUGGUGCCUAAACGUAACCAGCAGCAGACCCCAGCCGAGCCCCAGCAGGAGGCUCCGAUUGAGACCCCACCGGAGUCAACGGCACAGCGACCAAAGUAUCCCCAGCUGGGCAGUCGGCUGAAGAAACGCUACCCCGCCGUGGAGGAGAUAGAGGUCAUCGGAGGGUACCUGAGCCUCGCCAAGUCCUGCCUCUCCAAGACCGGCUCUGUGGGCAAGAAGCUAAAGAUCUCCUUCAACGAGUCCAGCCUUCACAGCACCUACGAGUACCCGUCGGAGAGUAGCACGUGGGACAGCGGGGAGGAAGACGAGGAGGAAAAACAGGAAGCGAAGCCGGCGGACGAGCAGCCCAGCAUGGUGGGACGUUUCCACAUCCCCCGCCCCAGCCUGAUCGGCUCGCCGGUCCACGCAGAAAACGGCAACGACCUUUCUAGCUACAUUCCCAAACACUCUGUGGACUUCAACGCCUGGCAGGAAAACAAACAAGAAGACAAAGUUUACCAGGAAGAACCCACAUCGCCGCAGAUCUCAGAGGAGGUCAUGCUGACGCCGGCAGACAGCUCCUCGCUGUCCGACUACAGCAGCGAGCCGGCUCUCUACUUCUGAUCGCUGCGGACGGCGGCAGCAUCUCCUGAAAAUCCGGCGGGGAUUUCGCCACACGUCCAGGCCCGACUGCAAGCACACGCUGCUCCGACCCCCGCUGUUUUCCUGCCAUCGGAGAAGUUUCCAACCUCUUUAGGAGGAAGCAACAAAUCGGAAUAAAGAAAGAAAGAAGCAGCUGGCCUGUGUUUCCCCCCUUUGAUUGCGGACAGUUGAUCUGUCCCACACUCUCACUCAUCGGUGCCGGAAGUCAGUGUUAGGAUUUUCCUCUCCUUUCUGUACAGAUUAUAAAUAGCAGACAUACAAACUGAAAAACUACUAAAAAUGAAGGUAUAAGGGUGCCACGUUUAAAUUUUUUUCUUUGGUCAUUUGUUUUGUACGUGCAUGUUUGUUUUCAUGUUUACUGUAAAGCUUCUCUUCGCCUUUCUUUAGUUGGAGGUCUCUCUGCCGUAUUAAAUUUGCUGGAUGUUUCUCAGAGGUGUUUUAAAACCUCCUUUCUUUUGUUUGAAAGGAGUCGAUCAAGACGCCCGUCAAUCAGUAGCAGCUUUUAUUCCGUAUCGAACGCUCGGGAAAUAAAAGUGACCUUCGCCAAUAAUAGUAAUAAAAAUAACGUCUGUAUGUCCCGAAACUGAAUCAUCGCUUUGCAGAAUGUGUUCAUGUGAGCUGUAAAGACAAAAGUUCCGAUCUGACGGCUUUUUUGCGACUUCUCGUCUGUGCGAUCCGUGUUUGCGUGUGUGAAGUAAAUCAGGAGAAGCAAGAAAAGCUUCUUACUAGAUUUUUUUUCUUCAUUUUUUUUUUUUAUUUUCUCCUGUCAGACCUCAAGUACUUUGACAUUCCACAGAGAAAGCAGCCAUUUUAUUUAAGGCUUCUGUGUUGAAUGUUAUAUUAGUGGGAAUUAGGCAUGGGUUGGAUUAAGAUUCUUGCAUCAUAUUUGCACAAUUUAAAGCUAUGAUAUCAUAAGAGCCGGUAAAAAGAGAGUGAAUAAAUAAUGGGACCGAGCAUAGAACCCUGAGGAACCCCACAUCUAAAGAUCUCACAUCGUUUCUUCUCUUUUUCAUCUCAUCUACAUAUUUAUUUUGGGAUUUGCUUAAACAAGAUGAAUGAAAAUGAUUAAACUCUUUAUUUAAUGCAGAUUUUCUAGAACUGAUACGAUUAAGGAAAAUUGGCUUUUUCUCUAGUUUAUGAUCGAGGUAUCCCAACAAUAUUGCGACGUAAACUGCGGUAACCAGCCCAUGCCUAGUGGGAAAGUAUGCCGUGAGAGAAUGGGCUUGUGAUCGUUUAUAUAUAUUUUCUUUUCUACCGAUUUGUUUUUAUACAAAGGAAAGUUUUCAGAUGAUUUUAUUUUUCUUGAACUCAUAAUGCCAACUGAUUCAAAUGUUGCCGUUCUGGCCUCGCACUCGUCCGUCCACCAGUGUUUCCAGACUUAAAAGAUCCACGUAACGCUGGUCAUUUUUCUCCACAAUCAUCUGGAACCUUUUCAGUCCUUGAAGCUGGAUUUCUGUUGUUUUCAGUUAAAGUCCUGGAGUCUUCAAUGUUGAAUGUCUUUGCACUGUCAUGCUUUUUUUUUUUUUUAAGCUGCAUUUUGCACCUGAUAAUUAAUGAAGACAGGAAAUGGAGGAAAUGUGCAGAAGGAGAAGCUGACCCAAAGGGUUCGGUUUGAGGUUGAACCACUAAACCUGUAGGAAACGGAGGCGUAAUUAUGGACUAGAAACAAGCAGAAGAACAUUGAAAGUAAAACUCUCCAGCGGAACGAAAUGAAUGCACUGCCGAUUAUCGCCAUGUUGGCUUCUGUCUUUAAAUGUUUGCCGCAGCCUUGUAUUAAAGUCUCAUGAUUGUCGGCCUCGUCACUGUGACCAUACGUCCGCCGCUCCACAGCAGACAUGAAGCAGCCUUUAAAAUCAACUAAAAGUGUUUAGAUCUUUUAGUUGAUUUGGAUGUUUUGUCUCCAUCUUUUUGUGGUACAAACCGGAGCCAUGUUUGGCCAUAAUAAACCAAACCGGGGAGUUUUUUUAUUUUUUCCACUUUGACUAUUAAGCAUAUUCAAAAUGUAAUAAAGCAUCACUGGUUGUAGGACCUCAAUAAAUAAAAGCCAGCUGAGGGGUUUCCUUGUUUGAUUGGAGGUUAUGUUCUGAAGGGGUCAGCUGAUCCAAAUGGGGAUCAGAACCCCCCCCCCAACCCAUAAUAACAGUUUUA